CGMAAGCGRAACCAAAGACAGAACCUGCAUCGCAACCGCCRUCGCCAAAACCAAAACCAACGCCAAAGAACACAAAAAACCUUACCGCCAUGGACAGCCCGAACCUAUCGAUCCGCAUCCGGCGGCACGAAUCCCUCCCGUGCCACAGCACGGUGGCGUGUGGAGCGGCCCAAAAGCAGGCCGGCACGAGCCGGAUCCGGCGCCACCGCUCGAUACAGACGACGCGAAUGACAAACGGAACCACCCGGGCGGCGGGCCUCUCCCACUGUUCAGCCACCCAAGCARCCGUGCCCUCCUUCCGAAUCGGGCGGAGGCUCGGAGCCACCAAGAACAACCCCUACGUGGGUUCCUUCCGGCACUCUCCCCCCACGAGCCUCCGGUCGAUGGAGGCCUCCUCGCUGCCCUCGUUCUCCUCGCGAAACCGCGGCUCGUCAUCGUCGCCGGUCUUUCAAACACCGUCGCUGGCAUCGAUGGUAUCGCCCUGCGCGGUUCCCACCAUGAAGACCUCACCCUACGUGGGAUGGUUUCGCCACGCACCRCCCUCCUUUUCUUCCUACCGCUGCGUCCACCYCACCACUAGCCACAGCGGCGGCGGCAGGAACCACACCGGCCAAAGAAGAACCCUUGCGAGAGCCCCCCCGGUGCCAAGCCACGGAGGACUCAACCCCGACUCGCUCCGGAAACUCGGCCGUUGGCACAAGCAGCUCACCUCGCUGCUGAUGGGGAUGGAGCCCAAGACGCUGCUUUCGGACACGAACGCAAGUGCGAGUGCGAAUGCGAAUUCAAAUGUCGAACCUCCCCCGUUCCUCUUGGAGAACAUCGUAAACGGACGCCUCCCGGGAGGSAGCGACGAAGGCGACAGACACCAAAAGAGCAGCACACCCGUCCGUCCCACCACCGGCAACCACACCGUUGGAAACCUUCGGCAACCCCACGACGAGAGCAGGAUCACCAUCCUGCCCGGAUACAACGCGGUUCUCUCCCGUUUGACCUCCUGGCUCUUGUUUCCGCUCCUCUUUGCCGACGGCGAAUACGACUACGACGACUACGUUCUCAAGARCGGCGGCCCUGUAGCCACCAYCGGGCUCAAGUUUCUCGAGGACCGGUCGGUCCAGAUCGACUCGGACGACGACGACGAGAGCGACAGCGGCAGUGGAUCGGACGACGAAAACUGCGACGAAACCGGCGACGACGAUUCGUCUUCGGUCGACAGCUGCGACUACAAUCCCUCCACGGGAGGUGGAAGCGGAAGCACCGGCAUGGAUCCGGAGACCGAGCGGGAGUUCUUUGCCGAGGCCAACGUGUCCCUCUCGGAGAUCGCCGAGGCCUACUACGCCCACCGGCUCCUCGAGAAACAAAAGAAGAACCCCCACCGCAAGGGUCGCUUCCGGAGCGACAGCGAGGCCAGCGAGGCAUCGGCCGGCCUCUGCCCGGCGACCAGCGAGGGGGACGACGAGGGCAUUGCGCAGCGGCUGGACUACGAGAUCACCCAGAUGGACAUUGCCCGGAUGACCCGAAACGCCUCCCGGCACCUGGACGUGGACUCCAUCCUGCGGCUCCCCACGAUAUCCUACCGGAAGAAGCGGAGGCCGGUUCCCCCGAGAACGCCAACACCGCUUGCGGAGGGCCCGGAGCAAAGCUACCACCACGUGUGCACCCCGAUCCACGAGGAAACCAGGGCCGCUCGUCACACCAGCAGCGGCACGGAGGACGGGUGGAGCUUUCUCAUGGUCUCGGGGGUCCGGUCGGCGGCGGCGGAAGGCCCAAGCGGCGACCUAACGACCAUUGCCGACGACGACCGCUCCCUUUCGUCGUCGUCGUCCUCCUCCUCGGGAUGCACCUCCGGCGGAAGCGGCGACGACGCCUGCGUCAUCUGCCUCGAGGCCUUCAAGGAGGGCGACCGGCUCCGGGUCCUCCCCUGCGACCACUCCUUCCACGUGGGCUGCAUCGACCGGUGGCUCUCGGGGACGCACUCCCACAACGAGUGCUUUACGGCGGGGUGCCCGACCUGCAAGAAGCGGCCCAAGUGCACCCCCGUUCUUGCGCGGGCCGGGGACCCCRAGAAAGCGAACGACAAGGGCAGCAGCAACAGCGAGCGAGAAACCAGCGACGGCGAGACUGACGUGUCGGGGUCCCUCCCGUCCUGGGCCUUUGCGAACCUCGGCAGCGUCAUGGCCAUGUCUUCGGGGGACGUGGUGUCCGGCUACUAGCUUGCUGGUUUGCCGACGAACUUACGAUGGACGGACUCACGGAGCAAUCUGCCUGCCUACCUACAAACAAGCCAAGCCAAGCCAAGCUACGAACCGACAAGCGAGCGGGGUUUGGGUCCGGAUAAGGAAUGCAAGAGCGGACAAAAGCACAUCCGUACUACUAUUCAUAUUCCUAAUAAUUUUACAUUUUUGUC